AUGAGCAAUCUCCCGGGACUACGAGUAACCCCCUCACGGCCAUUCCAGCACACGGGGGUGAAUUAUGCCGGGCCGAUCCUGCUGCGCUGUUCCAAGGGGCGAAGUCAGAAGUCCAUCAAGGCCUUUAUCGCAGUCUUCGUCUGUUUCAGCAUCAAGGCUGUACACUUAGAGGCCGUCACCGAUUAUACCGCAGAGGCCUUCCUAGCUGCCUUUCGACGAUUUGUCUCUCGUCGAGGCUUAUGUGAAGUAAUGUACAGCGAUUGCGGUACUAACUUUAUAGGCGCUGAGGCAGAACUUCGAAGGCUCUUCGCGGCCAGCGGACAUGAGGCUCAGCGCAUAUGUACGGCCUUGGCAGAGGAGCGAGUGCAGUGGAGAUUCAAUCCACCUUCCGCACCUCACUUCGGCGGCCUCUGGGAGGCGGCGAUGAAGUCUCUUAAACACCACCUGCGCAGAGUGAUCGGCGACUCCAAGCUAACAUACGAAGAAAUGUCCACAUUCCUCUCGCAAACCGAGGCCUGCCUCAAUUCAAGGCCACUGCAACCAUUGACCGACGAUCCAGAGGACCUAACCGCAUUAACCCCGGGUCACUUCUUGGUGGGAACAGCCCUCUUAUCAGUACCAAAACCUACCCUCGUUGAUGUGCCUCGUUGA